AUGUCAGAAAGUGUACGGAGGGGCUUUCCAGAGGAGGUGAACAAGGUCUUCUGUAUUUCCUACAUACAGAGACCGAGGUGCAAAGAGCUGGCGCAGCUUGUCCGAAACGGCUCCACAGGCUGGUGCUGGCACCGGGACGAGGACCCCGGCUUCGGCAUCAAUCCGGCUGCAGAGCUGCCCCCGAUCCGGCAGCCGAUUCUGAUCUUGGCUCCUACCCGAGAGAUUGCUGUGCAGAUUCAUGCUGUCAUCACAACUAUUGGUAUAAAAAUGGAAGGCUUGGAAUGCCACGUCUUCAUUGGCGGGACUCCUUUGAACCAGGACAAAAUCAGGUUAAAGAAGUGCCACAUAGCAGUUGGCUCCCCAGGUCGAAUAAAACAGCUCAUAGAGUUGGACUACUUGAAUACAGCCAGUAUCCGGCUUUUUAUUCUUGAUGAAGCAGACAAGCUUCUAGAAGAAGGCAGCUUUCAGGAACAAAUCAAUUGGAUUUACUCUUCGCUACCAGCCAAUAAACAGAUGCUUGCUGUUUCAGCUACUUAUCCUGAAUCAUUGGCUAAUGCUUUGACCAGGUACAUGAGAGAGCCAACGUUUGUGAGGUUGAACCCUACUGAUCCAAGUCUCAUUGGGCUGAAGCAGUAUUACAAGAUUGUGAAUUCCCAUCCGCUCCCACAUAAAACAUUUGAGGAAAAAACACAGCACCUACAGGAGUUGUUCAGCAAGAUUCCAUUUAAUCAAGCCUUAGUCUUCUCAAACUUGCAUAGCAGGGCUCAACAUCUGGCUGAAAUACUGAGCAUAAAACUGAAGAGUGUAAUCUGUUUCUAACUUGUCUUUCUAGGCAGCAUGAAUCAAAAUCAACGACUUGAUGCUAUGUCUAAAUUGAAGCAAUUCCACUGUAGAGUUCUGAUUUCCACAGACUUGACAUCUCGUGGAAUUGAUGCUGAAAAAGUGAAUCUGGUUAUCAACCUGGAUGUACCCGGAGACUGGGAAACGUACAUGCAUCGUAUUGGCAGAGCUGGGCGCUUUGGAACUUUAGGCUUAUCUGUGACAUACUGCUGCCGCGGAGAGGAAGAAAACACAAUGAUGAAAAUUGCUCAGAAAUGUAAUCUUCAGCUUCUUCCUCUACCAGAGCCUAUACCCCCUGGAAUGAUGGAUCAAUUUGAAGAUGGGGAGGUAGAAGUCAAACCUGUUACACAUACGGGUGCUUCAGUGAAUUCUGACACUGUGUGUCUUGGACCAGAGGAACCAGUAUUGCAGCCUGUCCAAAAUAGUUUUUCAGAGGUACCACAGCCUCUUUCUAAUCUUCCGGGUGAUAAGUCUGCUGUAGAAAGGCCAAAAAAGACUCUGAAGCAAAAGCAGAUAAAGUGCACAAAUUCUGCAAAUACAGAAAAAGGUAGCAGAAACCCCCAAACUUCUAGUUGCCACACAGAACAGAGGAAUCAAGUCAAAACUGUCUCCAGAAUGGAUGGACAACAUAAUGCUCAGCCUCCAGAUGAGGAGGCCUUAAAAAAAAAUCUUCCCAGAAUUCCAUGCUUGUCUUCUUUCAAAAACCAACAGAACAAUCCCUGGAACUUCUCACAGUUUGUUGAUGACUAUGAGUAUUUCAUUAAAGAAGGGAAAAGUUACAGACAGUUUAACUGGAUGAAUGCCUAUCAUGUCAACUCGGUCUACCUUCAGGAGCUGCUGAAAAGUGGUGAUUGA